UCAUCACCAACCCCCACACCAAAGCAAGCGCGAAGGUCAGAGCUCCCCGCCCCCGCGCCAUGGCUUCCCCGUCCCCAUCCCCCUCCCCUCUCCACCCGCACCAGCUCCAGCAGCACCCGCUCCCCCCGCACCAGCACCCACACCCGCAGUACCAGGCCCCGCCCCCUUCGAUGCCCCCGCCGCCGGGGGCGCCCCCCAAGGCCAUGGAUCUGGAGGUCACCGUCGUCUCGGGCAAGCACCUGAAGAACGUCAACUGGCGCCGCGGCGAUCUCCGCGCCUACGCCGUCGCCUACCUCGAUCCCUCCCGCCGCACCGCCACCCGCCCCGACGACGCCGGCGGCUGCAAGCCCGCGUGGAACGAGCGCAUCACCCUCCAGCUCCCGCCUCACCUCUCGCCGCACGACCCCUCGCUCCUCCUCUCCCUCGACGUGUUCCACUCCAAGCCGUCCGACUCGCCCAAGCCGCUCGUCGGCUCCGCCCGCUCGCCUCUCCGCGACCUCCUCUUCCCCGCCGGCCCUAACCCUAGCUCCGACUCCCCCACCUCACCGAUCAUCACCCUCCCGCUCCUGCGCCCCUCCGGCCGCCCUCAGGGCAAGCUCCGCAUCCGCGUCGCCCUUCGCGAGCGCUCGCCGCCUCCCCCUGAGCCGCAGUAUCCGCCUCCUUCCUCCUCCCCCUACUAUUUCCCAGCCCCCCCGCCUCCCACCUAUUCGGCACCGCCGCAGUACGGCUCAGACCAGUACUACCGUCCUAGCGGGUACUACUCAGCGCCACCAGCACCGCCUCCUUCUCAGUACGAGUACACCACAGGGCCCUCUGCACCUGUGGAGUACGGCAGGCAAUAUGAGCAAAGAGGAAGGACUGAGGGUGUGACUGGGCAGUAUGAUCCGAGAAGGACUGAAGGUGUGACUGGGCAGUAUGAUCCGAGAAGGACUGAAGGUGUUACUGGGCAGUAUGAGCCAAAAGGAAGGACUGAGGGUGUGACUGGGCAGUAUGAACAAAGAGGAAGGACUGAGGGGGGGACUCCCAGCGAAAGGUAUGGAUUAGGCACUGGGCUUGCUGUGGGUGCAGUUGCUGGGGGCGUUGGGGCGCUUGCAAUUGAUGAAGGUGUGAAGUAUAAGGAGGAAAAGGCGGCAGAGAGGGUGGGAGAGAAGGUGACUCCUGCCGCAAGGGAUGAUUACAGCGAGUAUCGUCGAGAAUAUUGAUGGGAGUUCACGUAUGUGAGUUGGUUCUUCUCAAUUCCUGUUAAUGUGGGAAUAAGUUGCAGUGUGAUUUCGUGGUUUGCUCUGUAUAUGUAUAUAUUUGCUUGAGAGACAUGAAUUACUAUGGUGCUUGUGCUUAUGGCCUGCGCAUUAUGACAUAUUUGGUCUGUACCAUGAAUGUUUUGUGAUUAGCUUUGAAGCUGUACUUGCAACUUGAUGUCUGUAUAAUUUGUCUCUGAUCUAAGUUGUGUCUUGAGUCUGUUCCAUUAGUAUCUGUAUAUCUGGUGCUUGGCAUUGCAGUGAACUUCAAUUUUAUGUUUCUUUCA